UAAAGCAAAUAAUGAAUACGAGACCACUUACUUAUGUGUAUGAAGAUUUUGAAAAUUCUCAUGAAACUUUAAGACCCAUAGAUUUAAUUAUGCCCCAAAGGAACGAAAAUACAAUUAACUUAGAUGAUUUAGAUGAAAAUGAAUUUGUUUUAAAAGAAACCCAAAAGGAUGAAUUGAUUAAAGAAUGGAAAAGAGCAAAUGAAAUGCUAUUAAAAUUUUGGGAAAAUUGGCAAAAGGAAUACUUGAAUCAACUCAGAGAGAGAAAGGACAAGCAUAGUCAAAAGGUCGCAAAAAGAAAUUACUCUCCCACAAUAGGUGAAAUUGUUUUGGUCCAGGAUAAAAAUAUUCCGAAAAAUUACUGGCAAAUGGGAAAAAUCGUAGAACUUGUGAAAAGCAAAGACGGAUUAAUACGCUCAGCUAAAAUUAAAUCAAAAGGAAAAAUAUUAACAAGAGCGAUUGCUUUGCUAUACCCCUUGGAAUUAUUCGCUGAAACUGAAAAUAAAGAAAAGGAAUUUAAAAAUGAAGAAAAAAUUUUGAGUCAGAAAGGUAAAGAAAAAACUGCAAAAGAAAACAUAGAAAAGGGAAUCCAUCCAAUGAAAUUAAGAGCAAGAAAAAACCAACCCAACUAUAAUGAGAAUGAAAUAGAAGAAGAGGAUAUUCAUAUAAUGUAUUACACAGAUGAGAGUGAUGGUGAGCCAUAUAGUGAAGAAGAGGAAAGUGACGAUAGCGAAUACGGAAAUAAUCAAGCAGUUGAAAUUGAAAGGGCAAUAAAUAGAGGUCCUAUCCCGGUAAACAGAGGAAUAUUCAUACGCGUGCCAGAGGACCCCAUAGAAGCCCGAAUUAAAAGAAAACCAAUUGUAAAUAAUAAGUAUAAUGAAAGAAGACCUAUAACUUUAUAUUGUAUUUGUCCUUGUAAAUUUUCGAAGGAUGAAGAAUGUUAUUGUGUAGAUCGGACACAUCCAUGUACUUGUUAUCCGAUUCCAGAUGAUCCGAUAAAAGCGAAGGAAUUUAAAAAUCUUCAUUUAUUGGAAAAAAUAAAAAAGGUUAACCCGUUUAAAGAAAGCAUUGAACAGUAUUGGAAACAACAACCAAAAAUCAAUAACAAAUAUAAAACAAAAAACAAAGAGCGUUUAAAAUUUUUUAGUAAAGUGAUAAAUAAAUGGCUAGCGCUUGCUUUUAUAAUAUAUUUGUAUUUUACACGAAUCACUAGUGUUUCUAACCCCUGCGCCAAGAAUGAACCGCUCCAGUUUGUAGAAAUGCAUGAAUGUAUUUCAAAGGGAUUAGUAAUAAAUAGGGAUAAACAAGGACGACUUUGUUGGCAAAAUAUUGAUUGUGGGACAGGCCAUUUAAGGAUUAGAAAAGAUAAAGCAGGAUACUGUGGAGAAAAGUGUCAAUGCCCCGCAUGGACUAAUCAGUGUAGUUUUUAUAUUGGACCAACUAGUAGAAAUUCAACAUUAAAAAAUGAAAAAGUAAGAAAAAUUUUGGAUUCCGAGGAAAUAAAAAAGAGAAUUUGUUCAAUAGAGCCAAAUGCAAAUUGCGCUAAAACUAAAUCAAUAAAAGAAGUAGACCAAAUAGAGUUAUAUGAUGGAAGUAAAAUACUUGUAAAUAAUUUAAACAUAAUAAUAGACGAUUUAAUUGAACAUGAAUUUAUGUGCAUUGGUAAGGGCCCCAUAACUGGAUCCGCUAAAUACUGUGAAAAACAUCAUUGUUAUGAAAAAGGCACUAAAUUCUGUUAUUAUACCCGAAAUGAGAUCGCAUUUUUUGAAACUAGAUUUGGUAAUAUCCCCAUACGUGCCUGGGGUAAAACAAAGAUUAAAAUUUAUGACUUUAUAGAGAAAAAGGAAAAAUCAAAAUGCGAAAUGUGUGAAGUAAAAUGUACAAGUGAAGGAAUUCAAAUAACUAGUGAAAAUAAAUUAAGCGGGUUUGAAAUGUGUCUAAAUCAAAAAUGUGAAUAUACCGCCUUUCCUGAAAAAAUUGAAAAUAAAACGCUCGCAAAGAAAACACUAGUAAAUGAUUAUGUUGUCCUUACAAUGUAA